AUGCUGAUUGUGUGCGCGCUUUGGAUCGUACUGGGAGGCUGGGUCGGGGAGGCUGAGGCGCAAAGCAGUGUGAGCUGUGGAGGUUGCACGUUUAAUGUCUCGCAUGAGGGUUUGUUGACGAGGGGGGGUACCUGUCAGGGUGACUGCGGAAUUGAUGCUGGUGGUCGGAAACCUCUGCACUUGGAAAACUUGGGUAUUCGGAGUUUGAAGAAUGGGACCUUCGACGGGCUCUCGAGCUUGCAGGAUCUAUAUCUUCAGAACAACAAACUGGAGAGUCUACCUGCACCAGUCUUCGACGCGCUUUCAAGCUUACAAUUUCUUUACCUGAACAACAACGAGAUUUCCUGCAUCUCUUCCCAGGUAUUCACACAGUUGUCAAGU